AUUCAAAGAAGUGCUCCUAAAUCCUAAUAUUUGGCAAACGUUCCAUCUUCUUCACCUCUCGCUGGUGGUCUGCACUGUUCAACAUCAACCUCUGCCUUCCUCUCUUACUCUCUUUUAAACGCAUAUUUUUAGAGCUACGAGAUGGUGGCGGAGGACGAGAAGGAUGCCGUUGUGGAGUCGCCGACUUCUGUCCUCGAAGAUGAGGAUACGUGCAAAGAGAAAGAAGGCUUUGAUUUGAAAAAGGAAGUUCUUAUAGAUGCUAAAAAUGGAGAUUCUUCCCUCUUAUCUGAAGCCAUGGUUGAGGAGGAAGAAAAGCUACUGCAAGCCCGAGUGAAAGAGGGUGCUGAGCAAGAGAAGGAGCCAGAGCAAGCACCCCAGUUGAAUGACAUACAGUUUACCAAAUUGGAUGAACUUCUAACGCAAACCCAACUCUAUUCAGAGUUUCUGUUAGAGAAAAUGGAUGAUAUCACUCUUACUCAAGUCGAGCAAGAGAGUGAAGCUGUUGGGAAAAAGAGAGGUCUUGGUUCAAAGAGAAAAGCGGCUACACAGUACAACACUAGAAAGGCUAAGAGAGCAGUUGCAGCCAUGCUUACAAGGUCAAAGGACGGUGAAAAGGCUGAAGAUGUGAACUUAACUGUGGAGGAAAGACUUGAGAAUGAGCAGAGGGACCUUGUACCGCUAUUGACUGGUGGAAAGCUGAAGACCUAUCAGAUGAAAGGUGUAAAGUGGUUGAUCUCAUUAUGGCAGAAUGGGUUGAAUGGUAUUCUUGCAGAUCAAAUGGGGCUUGGAAAAACAAUUCAAACAAUUGGUUUUCUUGCGCAUUUAAAAGGCAAUGGCUUGGAUGGACCUUAUUUAGUAAUUGCUCCUCUCUCUACUCUCUCAAAUUGGGUUAAUGAGAUAUCAAGGUUUGUUCCCUCCAUGAAUACAAUUAUCUACCACGGAAGCAAGAGUGAGAGGGAUGAGAUAAGAAGGAAAUACAUGCCUGGAACUAUUGGUCCAAAGUUUCCGGUGGUUAUUACUUCUUAUGAGAUUGCUUUGAGUGACGCAAGAAAAAGUUUUAGGCAUUAUAAUUGGAAAUAUCUUGUUGUUGAUGAGGGACAUAGGUUGAAGAAUUCUAAAUGCAAAUUGGUGAAGGAAUUGAAAUAUUUGCACGUUGAAAAUAAGCUUUUAUUGACCGGGACACCGCUGCAGAACAAUUUGGCUGAGCUUUGGUCAUUACUGAAUUUUAUUUUGCCUGAUAUUUUCUCAUCCCAUGAAGAAUUUGAAUCAUGGUUUGAUCUGUCAGGAAAGUGCAAUAGUGAGGAGUUGGAAGAGAAGAGAAAAGCUCAAGUGGUAGCUAAACUUCAUGCUAUAUUGCGUCCCUUCCUUCUUCGAAGAAUGAAGGCUGAUGUUGAGCAGCUGCUCCCUCGCAAGAAGGAGAUUCUUUUAUAUGCUACCAUGACUGAGCAUCAGAAGACAUUCCAAGAACAUUUAGUUAACAGGACAUUGGAGAACCAUCUACUAGAGACGGUAGACACAGGGCGUGGUAUGAAAGGAAAGCUUAACAAUUUGAUGAUUCAACUUCGAAAGAACUGCAACCACCCUGACCUGUUGGAGUCUGCUUUUGAUGGCUCAUAUUUCUACCCACCUGUGGAACAGAUAGUUGAACAGUGUGGGAAAUUCCGCUUGCUGGAAAGAUUGUUGACUAAGCUAUUUGCACGCCGGCACAAAGUUCUGAUCUUUUCUCAGUGGACAAAGAUUUUGGAUAUAAUGGAAUAUUAUUUCAGUGAAAAGGGAUUCGAAGUUUGUAGAAUUGAUGGAAGUGUAAAAUUGAAUGAAAGGAAAAGACAGAUAGAGGAGUUCAAUGAUGUGGAGAGCAAUUGUAGAGUAUUCCUUCUCAGCACAAGGGCUGGUGGAUUGGGUAUAAACCUCACUGCAGCUGAUACCUGUAUACUGUAUGACAGUGACUGGAACCCUCAAAUGGAUUUGCAGGCCAUGGAUAGAUGUCAUAGAAUAGGUCAAACUAAGCCUGUCCAUGUUUACAGGCUUGCAACAGCUCAAUCUAUAGAGGGUCGAAUUCUGAAAAGAGCUUUUAGCAAACUGAAACUUGAGCAUGUGGUGAUUGGAAAAGGGCAGUUUCAUCAAGAGCGUACAAAGUCUGGUACAGAAGCCUUAGAGGAAGAGGAUUUACUGGCAUUGCUUCGGGAUGAAGAAACUGCCGAAGACAAAUUGAUACAGACAGAUAUAAGUGAUGAAAAUUUGGAGAGGGUGCUGGAUCGCAGUGACCUUGUUGUAGGUUGUGAAGAGCCCAGUGCUACUGCGAUCCCCCUUAAAGGACCUGGUUGGGAGGUGAUCUUACCAACAGCAACUGGAGGCAUGUUAUCUACCCUCAAUAGUUGAAGCUGUGUGUAGUCCUUUUGUAUGAUGGCUAGUAGCAUUGGCAUUUUUGGACGUAUUUUUGGCGAUAAAAAGAGAGAGCUAUUGUAUCAUUUUAUCGCACCGAGCUACAUUCUGUAUUUGUGCUCAACAUGAUUACGGAUGGUUUUAAGUGUAAAAACAGUCUGGUUUUUAUAUCUAGCUAUUUUGUUUCAUGUUUGA